AUGAUUUACUCUUCUGGAAGAGAAUCGUACUUCAACCGGAACUCAACCUGGUAUGAUCCCUCGGGGUCCUGGCUGGACACCCGGCGCACACCCUUCUGCUACGGCUACGAGACCUGCUCCUCGGGGUGCGACAGCGAGGGAGUCGAAGGCAUGAGAGGGCACAACUACCGCUACUACGGCUAUCGGCAGCCAGUCUGCUCCGAGAGAUGCCAAGGCUAUUCUGCGUCCAACUCGUGCCACGGAGGGGGCAGCUCGAGCUGUGUCAGGAGACCCACGUACAGCUAUGGGUCGUCAGGGGGCUGCCAAGGCUAUGGGAGAUCUGUCUGCUCUGAGAGAUGCAAUGAGUCCUCGGGUUCAUGCCAUGGAGGGGGUUCGAGCUGCGUCAGGAGGCCCACGUACAGCUAUGGGUCGUCAGGAGGGUGCCAAAGCUAUGGGUCAUCGGGGGGAUGCCAAGGCUACGGGAGGUCGGUCUGCUCUGAGCCGUGCCGUGGGUCCUCAGGUUCAUGCCAUGGAGGGGGUUCGAGCUGCGUCAGGAGACCCAAAUACAGCUAUGGCUCAUCGAGGGGAUGCCAAAGCUAUGGGUCAUCGGGGGGAUGCCAAGGCUACGGGAGGUCGGUCUGCUCUGAGCCGUGCCAGGGGUCAGGGUACCAGGGUGGGAAGCCGAGCUACAGCAAACCAAGGCAGUACAUCCCCCAGUGCUGCCCGGUGCAGACCUGUCCCCCUCCGGUGCAGACCUGUCCCCCUCCAGUGCAGCAAGGCUGCAUCCCCACAGCAAAGUGCAUCCCAAGCCAGCAACAAAAGCAGGUCUGCAAAGUGCCAGCCCGGAAGACAAAGUAA